AUGGCGGUGCUGUCAGUAGCUACCUUGCUAUGUUUGGCACUGUCUUGUCAAUUCUUCCCUGUUAACUGCGUUAUUCCACUUUCCUCCUUGAUACGUAUACACAACGGUCUGGCCGAGCAUGUUCUUACCAACUCAUCGAGUGACCCGGUUUCUGAGCAGUGUCUCCACGCUUUGGGCGAUCUCUUUAAUGACACAACCAAACUUAUACCAAUUGUGGACUCUCUGGGAAAAGUGGGUGCUGGUAUAUUGGAUGGUAACACAGCCUGGCUGGGAUCAUUUGAAUUGUGUCGUAAUAUGACUGCAAUGCAAUAUUGUUAUACACAACUAUACGCAGUAAUACCAAUGGGAAAGAAAAACACUAUAUUGCCCAUUGAGUGGGGGCUGUGUAUUGUUGAUGAAUGCAGUAGUCAAGAUGUAGCUAAUGGUAUGCAACUAUUUAUCAAUGCUACUUUAGGAUUUGGAAAACUAAUUGUUGAUAGAGGAUCUGUCUUCUGUGCUCAAGAUCCGCCCAAACCAUACAGUGCAGGGUUUUAUUUUACAGUAUUUCUGUGUUGUUUAUUAGCAACGCUUAUGUUGAUUGGUUGGUGUGUUGACAUCUUUUUACGGAUUUCAGCGCGUAUAAAAGCGGGUCAACCUUUGAUUACAAAAACUGAAGUGUAUAAUGAAGACAGCAACGAUGACUAUACACGAUUACAGGACACACCAGUUGUUCACUUUGCUGCCCUCUCUCAGGAUACUAAUUUUAUCCAAGAGUUUUUCCUGUGUUUUGCCUUUAACCGAAAUAUUGCCAGAGUGUUGGACACAUCACAACCAGAAAAAGCAAUCCGGUGUUUGCAUGGGUUACGUGUUAUCAAUAAUUUAGCAACAGGUUCCAAAGUUGCACAGGAACUCACGUUCCAAGCCAUUUCAAAUGCAUUCUUUUCUGUGGAUACAUUUUUUUUUCUAAGAUUAACCCCAACUGUUGCUAUGGCAAUACUUGUAUGGAUGUUUAUUCUACCCUGGGUGGGACAAGGACCAAUGUGGUUUAAAAUGUUACCUAAACCCUAUUGUGAGAAAUACUGGUGGUCCACUUUGUUAUAUAUCAAUAACUUCUAUCCAGAUUCACUUACAGAAGAGUGUUUAGGUUGGACAUGGUAUUUAUCUAACGAUUGGCAGUUUUAUGUAAUUUCUCCAAUUAUAUUAAUACCACUGUACAGAUCUAGGAAGGUGGGAUUUAUAAUCUUGUCAUGUAUACUGACAGCAAGUUUUAUAGUUACUGGUACUCUAAUUGGUGUCUAUGAUUUGAAUAUAAUUGCUCUUGGAGACACACCAGACAGUUUGGAGACUGGACCGAAUUUCACAAAUUCUGUAUAUAUCAAACCAUACUGUCGUAUUGCUCCAUAUUUGGUUGGCAUGGCAAUGGGAUAUGUACUGCAAAGAUUAAGAAGUAAAAAACUGAAAGUGACAGUGUCACCAAUGGUAGCUGCUAUUGGUUGGUGCCUAGCAACCAUUGUAGCACUGUCCUGUGUGUAUGGUUUAUACAGCACAGCACAUGGACAUGUGUUGUCUACCGCUGAGAAUGUCAUAUAUGGAACAUUUAGUAGAUUUGCUUGGUCUCUUACACUGUCAUGGGUUGUGUUUGCUUGCAGAUAUGGAAUAGGAGGUGCUGUUGAAGACUUCUUGUCUCAUAGUUUUUGGAUUCCAUUAAGUAGACUGACUUUCUGUGCUUAUUUACUUCAUCCAAUGAUACUGGACAUUUUAGUAUUUGCGUUUGCCACACCACUGCAUUUUACUAUCAAUAUAUUGAGCUUUCAUUUUGUUGGUGUGACUGUGAUGUCUUAUGGUGCCGCAUUGCUUCUGUCCAUGUCUGUGGAGUACCCUUGUGGAAAUUUAGAGAAACUAUUAGAACGACACCUGACAUGCUGUAGAGGCAAGACACAAGACACUGGGUCUAUACAGAACUAAUGUUACACAAGAUUUACUUUCAUUCCAAUAAUAAAGCUGCAUUGAUUCCUGUAUUAUGGAUCACAGUUUUAGUAAUUGUUUUUUAAUGUAUUUUAUGACAAUUUUUAUAUGAAAUUUGAAAAAAUUAAGAAGUUAAAUAUUCUGUGCAAUUAAUAUAUGACCUCAUCAUGUAAUUUUUUUCUGAAUUCUUUUAUGGGAUAUAAUUGAUAUGGCUGCAAGAUCGUUUUGUGGCAGUACAAUUGUUUUCAAAAACUGAGACUAUUUUAAAUGGAAAUUUAUGAAAUAUUUAGUUUUCAGUAGCUAUGGAAG